CCGAUUUCGAUUCGAUUCGGGGCGAUUCGCUGUCGAUCCGAUUCCGAUCCGAUCCGACUUCGCGACCCGAUCCAGCUCCGGCCUGCCUCCCAGGUGAUGUGCAUGCUGGCGUGCGAGGCAGAGGACUCGCUGCUGAGUGGCUCCAGCGACGCCGCUCUCUGCCGAUGGAGCCUGCAGACGGGCAGGCUCCUCCACACCACCCGGGUGCCCGAGGGGAAGGUCACGGGCUUCGUCGUGAAGGCGGCGCCAGAGCCGCCCGCGGCGAGGCCGCCCGAACCGGCAGGGGAGCCGCCCGAAGCGCUGGGCUCCCCGCCGGGCUCCCCGCGCAGCUCCCCGGCCACCCCGUACACCCCGAACACCCCGAGCAGCCUCAGCUGCCCUCUGGGGCACGCCCUCGAGCCCACGGUCGUGAGCGCGCCGCAGAGGGCGGGGAUGAGCCCGGGCAGCUGCGACCGGUGCGCCAGGGACAUGGUCGAGGGCGAGCUCGUGAACGAGUGCCCGCAGUGCAACUACUGGAUGUGCAGCGCGUGCGCAGCCAGGGAGUCGGAGGAGGAGAAGAAGGUACCGACACCGCUGAUUAGACCCCUGCCUCGAUUUUGCAUUUUUGGGCCUCCUGGGAGGCCCUCGUCGCCGCGGCUGGAUUCGCCUCGAAAUUCUGGUCAGAACGCACCCGGGGAGAGGUCCGGGGAGUAUCGGUAUCGAUACCUUUCUGGCUUUCUCAAGGACCGCAGUCUCUCGAGCCGCGGUCUCUCGAAGGGGACCCCUGCGCCGUUGCUUUCGGCCAAGGUCGCGGAGCCGAAGAACGCAAACGUGCCGUUUAGCGGCUGGAUGCGGCACCAGUUCAAGGUGUCCGAUGUCCGCGCGAGGGUCCAGCGGGAGGUCCGGGGGAAGAUCGCCGCCGCCCACGGGCGCCCCGCCGCCCCGGAGCCCCCGGGCGGCCCGCGCUCGGAGGCGCCCGCCAGCCCGCGCCCGGAGGCGCCGGCCAGCCCGCGCCCGGAGGCGCCCGGGGCCGCCGAGGAGCCCGCCGAGGACGGCGCCGAGCUCGUCGAGGAGCCCGCCGAGCUCGUCGAGGAGCCCGCCGAGCUCGUCGAGGAGCCCGCCGAGCUCGUCGACCCGGGCGCCGAUGCGCCGGCCGGGGGCGGCAUCUUCGGCGGCGCCUCCGGCAGCACCGCCAUGGGCCCAGCCGAGGCACCGGCAGCGGGGCAGUCGUCGUCCGCCGCGGCGUCGCAGUCGCAGUCGCAGAGCUGGAUCGUGUCCAACGAGGGGCUGCGGUCGCGCGCGCCCGGGCUGGGAUACCGCUGCAGCCCGUCGCUGGAGGACAAGCACCCCGACAAGCUCAUGGCCAGGUGGGGGCGCGUGAUCUGUGGUGUGGACAUGGGAAACAACUUCGUCAGGACGACCAGCGGCACCAUCGGGUACCUGCCCAAGGUGUUUCAAGGCCAGCAGGUGCUGGUGCUCGUCGGCGGGCCGGCAGCGGCUGCGGCGUAGGCCGGUCAGGCCGCCGCCGAGGCCGCGGGCAGAGCGGCGCCCGCCCCGCU